CUCGCCCUCACUGGGGUGGAGAGUCUCCUCCACAGGCUACAGUGGGAGAACGGGAGCGAGUGAGGGACAGAGGGGAUAGUUUCCAACAGCCGCGGAGCUCGGUGCGGGGCCACGUCCAGUAAGAGAGAGAACCACGCCCCGGGGGACAGGGGAGACCGUGACCCCCCCCACCCCACCCCCUCACCCCCUCCUCCAAUAUCCAAAGUCCCGUAGAAUGGGAGCGACCAUGGAGAGGAGUUCUAGUUAGGAAGCAGGUGGACAAGAUGAAGUUUGGAAAGAGCAUCUGCGUGCUCAACGUAGGGGGGACCCGCUAUGCCUUCAGCCGCGAGGUGAUCAGGGACUUCCCUCUCCGGCGCGUGAGCCGCCUGCAUGCCUGCGCGACCGAGAAAGAGGUCCUCGAACUGUGCGACGACUACGACCGGGACCGCAACGAGUUCUUCUUUGACCGCCACGCGCAGGCGUUCGUGUUCAUCAUGCUCUACGUGCGCUCCGGCAAACUCCGCUUCGUCCCCGGCGUGUGCGAGCUGUCCUUCUACUCGGAGAUGCUCUACUGGGGGCUGGAGAGCGCGCACCUGGACUCCUGUUGCCAGAAACGCCUGGACGACCGGAUGUCCGAGAUCGGACUGGACAGUCUGUCCGAGGGGGAGCUCGGCGCGUCGGGCGACGAGCCGCAGAGCCCGAGCGAGUCCGCGCAGCGGCUCGCGCUCGGCGGCCGCGCUCGGUGGCUGGAGAAGAUGCGCAAGACGUUCGAGGAGCCCAACUCCUCACUUGCGGCGCAGCUUUUGGCUUCGGUCUCCGUGAUCUUUGUUAUCGUGUCAAUGGUAAUGCUGUGCGCCAGUACCCUGCCCGACUGGGACACGGCCAAGAGAAACACUGUGGAGGAGCACAGGAUAGUGGAGGCAGUGUGUAUUGGUUGGUUCACGGCGGAGUGCAUAGUGCGCUUUCUGGUGGCCAGAGACAAGUGGGACUUCCUCCGCCGGCCACUCAACAUCAUCGACGUGAUCGCCAUCACCCCCUAUUAUGUCACCAUGGCGAUGUCCGGAGCAGGGAUGCCCGGCGCCGGGCUCGGGGUUGCGGGCGUGAUCCUGCGGGUGCUGAGGAUGAUGCGAGUGUUCUGGCUCAUGAAGCUGGCCAGACACUUCCUGGGCCUGCAGACGCUGGGGUUGACUCUGAGGCGCUGCUACCGGGAGAUGGUGAUGCUGAUGGUGUUUGUCUGCGUUGCCAUGGCGAUCUACAGCGCUCUGGCUCAGCUGCUGGAGCACGGCCUGGACAUGGGAACGCAGAACCAGGAUUACGCCAGCAUCCCGGCCGCCGCCUGGUGGGUGAUCAUCUCCAUGACUACGGUCGGGUACGGGGACGUGUACCCUGUGACAAUCGGAGGGCGGGUCCUCGGAGGAAUGUGUGUGGUGAGCGGCAUCGUCCUCCUGGCGCUGCCCAUUACGUUCAUCUACCACAGCUUCGUGCAGUGCUACCACGAACUCAAACUUCGCUCUGCCAGAUAUGCACGCAGCCUGUCAACGGAGGUGCUGCAAUGAACAUUAGGACCAGAAGACCUGCACACUCCUGAAAGACACCAGCUGAUUCCAUAGUAAAGAAAAGACCAACAAUGUUCUCGUCCCUGUUUCCUGCCUGAGCCACACCUCAUGCUACGUAGCCUGUCUGUCUGUUUCCUGACUGGCUGACGCUCUUGUCCUCACACAGCAUGCUCUGUGCAUGUCUCCGUAACAACACGGUUUGAACUUAAGAACAGGAAUACACAAAAAAUAUUUAUUAACAACACACAGAUGCAGCCAAUCCAGUUUUGACACUGGCUGCUCUUUACGCUGUAUUCCCAUGGUUACAACACCGGCUGAGGCAACUGCUUUUUUGUAUGCUACGUGUGUAUGUGUGUGUGUGUGUGUGUUUGUGUGUGUGUCUGUCCAUCAGCCUUUCACUUUGUCUAAGCUUUGCACCCAGAUGGUACAAGUUACACAAGAUGGAUGUGUGACCUAGAUGCAUCCUGUUAAACCUGUGAAACAUAGAGAACAAGUGAUCAAGUACGUUCUCAGUGGGGACCAGGGAGAGGUGCACGGUGGGCUCAGUGUAUAUGAGUGGCUUAAUCCAGGGAUAAUAAAGUAUUGAGACAGGUCAGCAAGGACUACCAGGUGGCAGGCAAACAAAGACGCACAAGAUGUGACAUGGCAGAUGGAUUGUGAAAUGGAGCAUAAAAGAUUAUGGGACAAAAAAGAGAGAUCGUAGCGCAAGAACGAGCACAAAGAAUGAAUAGCCGGAAUGUGUAUCACUUCUCCAUUUGCGAGUGAAUGUAAUGCGUUUUGUAUGUCUGAGUCUCCAAGGCAACCUCAUCCUCCAGCACGCCAAUCACAGCGCCCGUUGAUUCGUGUGCACAUGAACCAGCCACAUCCACGCACACCGCCUGUUUGGCAUGCUGCACUUUUUUGUCCUGCGAUUAUUCGGAAUGCCACAUCAAUAAUUCACAUAAACAUUAGAGUAAAAAAAAUAGAGGCAGUCCCUGGUGACAGUUCUGACAUUCAUGAAUCCGACAUGUUUGAAGAGAAUAUGAUUUGUUGAAGAGACACAUGAUCCAAACAAACAAGUCAACACCUCUCCCACACAACAGUUCUUCUCUGCAUUUCUUCUCUUUUUCCUCCUGUUGGCAUCAACCAACCUUUACACACACACACACACACACACACACACACACACACACACACACACACACACACACACACACACACACACUAAUGCCCUAAUGGACACAUUAGGGCCUGCACUUAUUCUGCAAAGAAAUGAACAGUUAAUGAGUCCGAGUCUGUUCAUCUGUUCAUGACCUGUGUUUAAAAUUAACGUUUACAUUUGUUAGUUCCUUAUAAUGUUUGCAACCUUGUAUGACUUUAUUACGUGUUGUAAACAGUACAUAUCGCAAAUAUGUGUUGUCGUGUUAUUAGUGUGUUUUAGGUAGUAUUCAAGUCACAAUAGCAUUUUUUAUCAUCCAGCUAACAGCACAUAUUAUUCAACUCAUGUAGCUUAGCUUGAAGCCCAGUAAAAUUUGGCCAAGCCUGAUUGAAAUUAUUAGUCAAAAUCUUUUCAUCAGUUGACACUGCAUUUAUAAUUAAUGUGAUCGAUGUAAGAUAUUUUUUAAUAAAAAGUGCUAUGUGCAAAAUUUCAGAA